AAGCAAAGUUAAAAAAACAAACCAUAUUGAGGCUUUAACGAGUACGAAUGGCAAUGGUAAGGGGAGCAUCUUUCUGCCUCUUGUUUUUCUCUUCUUUCUUGGUUUUGGAGAGCGUCCAAGGCAACCCCAACUACAAAGAUGCCUUAGCAAAGUCCAUAUUGUUCUUCCAAGGCCAGAGGUCUGGGAUGCUCCCCAAAACCCAGCAAAUUACUUGGAGGUCCAGCUCUGGUUUAUCUGAUGGACAGCUUGCCAAUGUGGAUUUAACAGGAGGUUACUAUGAUGCCGGAGACAACGUUAAGUUCAAUUUUCCAAUGGCUUUCACGACCACCAUGCUUUCAUGGAGCACGCUCGAAUAUGGAAAGCGAAUGGGCCCAGAAUUACAAAACGCAAGGGCCUCAAUCCGAUGGGCAACAGACUACCUCCUAAAGUGUGCCACAGCCACACCCGGAAAGCUCUACGUUGGAGUUGGCGACCCGAAUGCGGACCACAAGUGUUGGGCAAGGCCUGAGGACAUGGACAUGUCCCGCACCGUAUAUUGGGUCUCUCCUUCCAACCCUGGCUCCGACGUUGCCGCAGAGACUGCCGCUGCUUUAGCUGCUGCUUCCAUGGUUUUCAAAAAAGUUGAUCCAAAGUACUCAAGAUUACUUUUGAACACUGCCAGAAAUGUCUUUCAAUUUGCAAUGCAGUAUCGUGGUGCUUAUAGCGAUUCACUUGGCUCUGCCGUCUGCCCAUUUUAUUGCUCAUAUUCUGGAUAUAAGGACGAACUGCUGUGGGGAGCUGCUUGGCUUCUAAGGGCUACCAACGAUGUUUCUUACUUCAAUAUCUUGGAAUCACUGGGAGCUGAUGAUGGAACCGAUAUGUUCAGCUGGGACAACAAAUUGGCCGGUGCUCGUGUUCUUCUAUCAAGGCAAGCCUUGCUUAGCAAUGAUAAGAACUUCGAUCGAUUCAAGCAACAAGCUGAAGAUUUCAUGUGCCGCAUUUUGCCUAACUCUCCCUUCUCAAGUACAAAAUAUACACAAGGUGGGCUCAUUUACAAGCUACCAGGAAGCAACCUUCAGUACGUUACAUCCAUUACAUUCUUGCUCACGACUUAUUCCAAGUACAUGUCCGCCAAGAAACACACAUUUAACUGUGGCAGCCUUUUGGUCACUCCGAGUUCACUAAAAAACCUUGCAAGGAAACAGGUUGACUAUAUAUUAGGAGAGAACCCACUAAAACUAUCGUACAUGGUUGGAUAUGGGCAAUCUUUUCCAAAGAGAAUUCACCACAGAGGAUCCUCAUUGCCCUCAUUGGCAAGCCAUCCACAAAGCUUAGGUUGUGACGGCGGUUUUCAACCAUACUUGCAUUCAUCAAACCCCAAUCCGAACAUCUUGACUGGAGCCAUUGUUGGUGGUCCAAACCAAGACGAUGGCUACCCGGAUGAAAGAACUGACUACAGUCACGCGGAACCUGCCACAUAUAUCAAUGCUGCUAUUGUUGGACCUCUAGCAUUUUUUGCUGGGAGCCAUACCGGUUGAUGAGUAUUUUCUUAAGACAGGAGUUGGUUCAGUAUAUGUCUGUAUUUAACCCCAAACUAGGUAUGUACCACCAAGAAAUAGGUGGACCAUGUAGUUGUGUUUGAAUUCUCUCCGGGAUAAUCCCGUGUUUCCAAUAUGAACAAAUUAAGUGUCAAAAAAUGUAGUGCGACACAAAAUAAUAGGGAGAUUUCAAUUUGAAGCUUUAUCCGCAUGCUGGAGCAUGAAAAAUUUUAUGUCUUCCUGAGAGCAGAGGUGGCGAGAAGAAAACUACUAAAAAUGUACAUAGCCUUUACCCACAAGGUCCCAACCAUGGAACCAUCACAAUCAUAACCAUUCAGUCAACUGUCAAGUAAAGAUAGAAGAAAUUAAGAAUAAUCACAGCACUAGAUUUCUCCAAAAUGAUAGCCCAUGGCAGACAUUCAAAAUGCUCACUUCAUUGAAGUCAUAAUUAUCCAAUAAAACUAUUGCAUAGAAACUACUGCAAGUAAUUUUGCAGGCUAGAAAGGCUCUUACUCUAAGAACAAGAUUCACAAAUUCCCGUAUCACAUUCUCUCAGUCCGCAAGAUUAGUCGAUUGGGAAGGAUCCAAACAUUCGACACGACCAAAGUAAACCCACUUCAUGUGCCAUAUUAAUGACCUUAGAGACAUCAUAUAACUUAACAAUAUAGACAUUUACCAGGGGUGUUUAAAUUAUUCUCGUUUCUCCAUUUUAUUCUCAUUCAUUCCUUUUAUUUGACGAAAUUCUACUUGUGCCAUACAUAUAAAGACAUCAAAGAAAACACAUAGUUAGCCAAGUGAUUACAAACAAAGACCUUCAACCCAGUCUCUUAGAAGUCACAGAUCUUAAAUGGUCAAAAUCUCAAGCAUUGUUUUUUAACUGCCCCUGCCAUACAAGACCACACAAUUACACCUACUCGUUUGACCUUUCUCACAUCCCAUCAAACAUCCUUUGAUCUCUAAUAGAAUCCCCAACCCCCCGCGCGCGGGGGGAUUCUAAACCAUUAGUCAUUUGGGUGAGGCUAUCAUGAAAAGUGGUUUUUACCCUUCUCACAUCCCAUCAACAUCCUUUGAUCUGUAAUAGAAAUACUCAUUCCAAAUGUCCAAAACCCCUAUCGCCCUGCAGAUGCACAUGAAGGAAAGGGGGGGAAGAAAAAAGGAG